AUGAACAAGGCUUUAAUGGCCCGUGUACCGGGACUUGGAAACACGACAAUCAGAGAUGUAUUUGACAAAUUGAAGGAGAAUGGAUGUAUAUGUUUACCAUUUGGGGGGGCUGUUCGUGAUCAAUUUCUUGGUGGUCAAGUUGUGGAUAUUGAUGCUGAUACACCGUGUGGGGUGAACGAAGUCGUGCGUAUUUGCAAGAAAUAUUGGGAUUCAAAAUAUUGCAAAGCUCCACGCGAGGAUGCGAAGUUAAAAAUCGUGCAUAUCGGUGAUCAAACUGAAGCAGACGGGGAAGAAAUUGAUUUGGCAAAUUGGAACAAAACUUUCAUUUAUGAACUGACCAACUUGGAAUACACCACGAAUUCACUCGGGUACUACGAAGACGACAUAAACAACAGAGGCGUCGUGAUUGACCUUCCUGGAUCGGGUGUAGUGGAUACGUGUAACAAGAAGAUCAGAAUUCCUGUUCCGCCUGAUCAAUGGGAGAAUUGGUACAAUGGCGACAGUUGGAAAAUAUUUCGCUAUUGGAAACUUCGUGCGAAAGGAUAUACUGCACCGGAUGACGCGCUACCGUCAUUUAUCAAAAAUAAAACAAAAGAAAUCCUCAAGAUAAAAGAUGGCAUAAAGACAUUCAAAAAGUCGUUUUGCAAGUACGCUUUCUCUGGCGAGUAUAAAAAAUGCGAUGGACGGGAAAACUGUAUUGUUCCACACCCAGCCUGUACAGACUCCGUGCAGCUAAAAGAGAAAAGAAACAAGUAUUACGCACUGCUCGAGGAGGUUCUUGACGAAUACUGGAAGGAUGAAGCAAAAGCAUUGUUAGAUAACAUCCAUAUUGAAUGUGCUUCUUCGAAGGGGCCAGCAGAUUGUAACACAGAAAACAAAACCAGCCAGUCUUUGGUCUUGAUCUUCGUUGGUAUGGUUAUCCAGUAUUGUAGUUCAUUUUACAUUUGA